UGAUCGUCGACGUGGCGAAUUUCGUCGAGACGCCGACGUUUCGGAAUGCCGGCAAUAGCCAAAAGCAGCUCCUCGCGCGGAACUUUUACCGGGCUGUGCAAGCCCGAUGGGGCGAAAGCGCGCACGUUACGCUCGUGUGCGGCUCUCAGCGCCGGGAGGGGAUCGAGAAGUUGUUUCUGAAUGUCCCCAACUGCGGCCCCACUGCCCGGCAGACCAACGUGGUCCCGGUGCCCGUGGCGGUCGCGGGGCAGAGCCACCAGCACGGCGGCGAGCGAGUGGACGAGUUGGUUGUGAAGCGGGCGCUGAAGGCGAUGAUGCUGGACCCGGAAAACGCGCACAGGGUGGCGAUCGUGAGCAAUGACCAGUUCCGGGACAUGUUUGCGCGCCCCGCCCUGUCGACCGACACGCGUCUGUACCACAUUUUUCAGGAGGCGAAGAGCGAAGCCUCCGCCAGGCGCACCGCGCAGACGUGGCUGGCGACCAACGCAGAACUGGAGGUGCUGCUGUUCGACCUCCGGCACGAGUUUGAGAUCGACCGGUUUGGGGAGGUCGAGUUUUCCCAAAUCAAUCCCAGCGGGAACAAUUUGCUGAAGUUCUUCUGGAGCCAGAGACACGUGGAGCAGGUCAAAGUAGCCACGGAUCGGAAGAAGUCGGACCGAAUCCUCGAGCUGGAAACGCUGUUGAAGUACGCCAAGCAGGAAGAGGAGGCCGCGAAGAUGGCUCGGCAGCGGAUUGUAUCAAAUGUAAAAAUGUCGGGGUCUGCAAGAUUGCCAGGUUUGUCAUGCAUAUUUUGAAUGAUCCAUGAUCAUGAUGUCUGUGAUGCAUGCCCUAGCAUCACAGAAUUUUAGAGGACUCUGUGAUGCCUCUACCGCAUGAGAAAUACCCUUUCCGCGUAGCAAAAACUGGAGUCCUCUUGCUGGUCACGCAAUACAAUUUUUUUUAGAAUCCAGAGACAGCAUUACAAGUUUAGAAUCUUCCAGACCCAGACAUUUUUGCAAUCCAUAGAUUGUGGACGUGUUGCGUCACGAAGUGCGCCGGUACGACAAGCAAAACGGAGGAUCUUUGGCAGAAGAGGACGGGGGCAUGCUGAGCGCCGGAAGUGCCGCCGCAGCGGCGCAGCCGAGGCAGGUCGUGAUGUCGGCCUCUGUUGACGCAGACAGGAGAGAAAAUGAUAGCAGCGCCCGCCUAGGCAGUAAAGACACGACGUCGACGAAAAGCUUAGGCUUACAACUCCCGCCUUUUGUACCGACAACGCGGCUUCUGUCCCACGAGUCGGUAUCGCCAGUCGUAGACGCCGGCUCCAACUCGCCUGGCCCACGAGCAGCGUCCUCCACUCAUCAACCUGGUGGCCUUACGCCGCCAAACGGAGUUUUCAUUCAGCCCCCCGCGCAAGGAAGCCGAAGCGCUUUCACGUUGUCUGCCGGUCCGGGUUCGGCAAAAGGCUCGUACGGCGCAAAGCUUUCAGCGCCGGCUAGUGUUGGGGUUGGAACAUCAUCGAGCGCCGUUGCUCAAUCCGCAGCAUCAAGUGCUACUUCCGCAAGGGCGCCAGUGGUAGUUCUUCCAGACGGCGCUGCUGCAAAGGGUAGUGCCAGUAGCUCAACAUCUUCUACUGCGAAAGUGAAUUACAAUAUUUUUUCCACUCCCGCCGGGCCAGGUGCUCCGCGCGUGCUUUCCACCACUUCCUCCCUGGUGCCGCUAAGUGCGGCCAGGCCCAAGAAUUCCGCUACCUCCUCCCUGGUGCCGCUAAGUGCGGCCAGGCCCAAGAAGGGCGUCGGUAAACAGGAACUGGAUGAGGAGGAGAGAAGAAGAGCUCAGGAGCUGGCUCCUGGCACCAACGGGGCAGGGCCUAGCGCUUCGUCCAGUUCCUCAGCUUCUGAUAGUGAUGACGACGAUGAUGUUCCUCGGCGACCCCGGCCAAAGAACGGGCUUUCCGAUUUGCGGCCGGCUUCUCGCGGCCUGCACCCGCGGAGCAGUAGCUCCGGGAACUCGAGCAUCAGCAGUCUCGGCGACGGGCCAGGCGAUGACGACCCGAGGCCGCCCCGCGGCGGGGAACGAGCGAGAGUUUUGUCGAACCAAACCCCGGCCGAGGCAAAUACGUGUCUGGUGGCGGGGGAGGUCAUGACAGCAAAGCAAAUGAAGAAAAAAAUGAAAAAGCAAGGAACAGACGAAAGAGGGCGCAGGCUUGGUCCAGCAGGCGAAACGUGGGAUGACGAAGUCUGUUGGGACUGGAAGCACACGGGACGGUGUAAGAGAGGCACGAAGUGUAAAUAUGCGCACCCUGAUCUGCCGGGGCGGGCGUGA